AUGUCUCGUGUAGAGAUCUGUUCACUCGCGUACGAGGGAAAAUUUAACGAGUUAAAGGAAAAAAUUGAAUUGAAACCGAGUUUAGCGACCAAGGUAGACGAGGUGAGGUUCAAUUCCAAAGUGGAUCAAGUAAAACAUCUCUCUUGUUUAUCAUGAUUCCUCUCAACAGUGGGUACUAGUUACUCAGGUUUGUUGUCACGACAAUAUAAUCAAUUGUCGUGCAACCUUUUAGCCCUAACUAUAGUUGUUUCAUGAUAUUACAUUCCUUCGCGAUAGACCAUACUUUUAUUGGGUUCUUGGCAAGAGAAGUUCGUAGUUUAAGUUUCAUCAUGCAAAACGCAUGGAAGAAGCGGAAAAUACACAUGGCCCCUUUCUAAUCCAGUCUAAUUGUGCUCAGUAAUCACGACCUCAAUCGUCCUUCAAGUUUCUAAGCCUUUGAUUUAUCGUAUUCUUAACUCCCGUUACAAUAUACAAACGUAUGGCGAGAAUGUAUCAUAUAUUGUAAUACGACAGUAGGUUUCCUUUAAAUCAGUAAAUAAGAGCAUUGACUGAUUAGUUAUCAAGUCGUGUGUUGCUCAAUGGGACAUGCUUUUUGUCAAUUACAUAUUAAUUUAGGUAACUGGUGAACACAACCUGAGCUUAAUUUGUAGUGAAGUUUGGAUAUAAUGCAUGCUGUCAUUGGUUGAAAGAGCAUGCUCUAUUAGAGUACAAAGCAUAGGGCUGAGAUAAAGCUGUCAUACCUUCUGCUGAAUUGUACUAUGUCAACUUCUCUCAAGCUUUUCUUUGUAAAUUUAAAGUGAAAUUUUGGAACAAGUGAAUAUAUAAUAUUUAUGUUAUUAUAACAUUAGCAGGGAGGAGAAUCCUCAAAGAGGGUGGCAAAGGGAAAGUUCCAAUCACACAUCACACAUAAUUUUUCUAUUAAAUCAUGCAUCAUGGAUAAUUUUUUUAACCAAUCAUGCAUCACUUAAAAAGGAGUAAGUGUACUAAGCUGAUACUGUAAGAUUUCAACCUAUAGGAUGUAUUACUAAAAAUUAUAUUGCGUUUAACAUUUUUCAUCCAGGACUGAAUUGCAUUUCACUUGUCAUAUUGCUUUUUGUGAGACAAAUAAAGACAACUCACUUGUUGAAACCAGGUGCUCUGAGAGCAUUUACUUGGGCUUGGUAUCACAAUAUCAAAUCUUACUUUACAAGUAUCAGACAUAGUAAAAACAAAUUAAAGAAUCAGUAUAUAUAACACAAGAGCUAAGCUUACAUAUUUACUACUCAAGUUGCUUUGUUGAGUAUCCUCUUCAUCCAAUAGCCUGUUGUUUGCCUCACCUUCAAAGUUCUGUUCACUAAGAUUUUUUAAUUUUUUCAAUUCACCAUCUGAGGUAUUCGUCUUGGCAUCAUAGUCAUUAUAGUUUGUUGUUUAAUAAGUAAGUAGUCAUAGUUUUGACAAUGUUUUUGUAGUUUGAACUCAUAUAUGGCUAAUUAGUUAUCUCACAAGCACUGGUAUGAACUUGGCUAAUUUGGCUGCCUUUCAAUUUGUGGCCACUCAUAGCUCCAAGAGUCUUCUGAACAAAUUGAAUAGAUGUCUACACGACCUUUACUAUUCUUUGAUACCGGCAAUAUUUAUGUUAAGGUUUUGCCCAAUCCCCUUCUGUACAACAACUAUUUUUUUGUCAGUAAAGGAUAUAACGUAGCUUUUGAAAUCGUUUAGGUCUACGACAACCUUGGAAAAAGUUUGUGUACUACUAACUGGUGCACAAAAUUUUUCCUUGUGUACUGCCUCAUUGCUCACAUUACCAUUUACUCAGGCAGCAUAAAAUGACACCAAAACACCAAUGUCUUUUACCGUUUCAGCCAUUGGGGUUAUUUGGGUCUACGUUCUUUCAGAUCUUUCAUUCAAUGGUUUUGCAUACUUUCUGGUCUUUCUUAAUAUGAUCUGAUGCACUAUCACAACCAGGUGGUCAACAAAAAUAAUACUGAAGGUCAAAGUCCUUAUGCAAAUGUUGACCUACAAAGACAUUUAAGGUCAGGCAAAGGUCAGCAAAGGACAGGAAAGACCACAAAACAGUGCCACAGUUUACUGAUUCUUGUUUAGUGGAAAUAAUGUUUUAUUAUUAGUGUUUUAUUUUAAUUAUUUAAUAAUAAUUUCCAAUGAACUAAGACUAUCUACUUUGAAUGAUUGGUAUCCUUCUAGGUCAAAGAGUGUUCACUUAUCAUGUAAAUCUAAUUAGUAAGUCUUGUAAAACACACUUCACACACUUAUAAAAUAGCAAAUCACAUAUCACUUUGAGAUGUCCAGUUCCACAUUAUGCAGAUAAUUUUGGAUCAAUCAUGUGUCAUCCUGCAAAUUUUGGUUCUUUAUAGUAAAACAAAGAAGCCUUGACUGUGCUCUGUUUUGUUAUAAAGCACUUAGGAAGCAGCUAGAACACCCAGAAGUGGGAAAAACUCUUGUCUAUGUCUUGUGUUUCUCCCUACAAUUUUCAAACUCUAGCCACUUCCUGUGUGCUUUACAACAGAACAGAGCACAGUCAAGGCCUCUCUAUUUGUUAAAUGUGGAUACUACAGUACUAUGACACUAGUAACAUUGACAAACAUAAAUAAUACUGCUGUCACCAGUUGCACAAUGCUGCAAAAUAAAUAACUUUUUUGUCACUCCGUAACUUGUGAUGCAACAGUUUUAGACCAUUUUAUGCCUUUACAUCUUACAACAACAAGGAUCUUUAAGUUACAAUGGCCAAGGCUGCACAAGGAGAGUUAACCAGGUUAUUUCUAACUGUUCAAUUAGAAAUGACUGGGUUAGUGAGAACUCGUGAUGUGGCUGCUUUUUUUAGCUUUUGAUCAAACUGAACCUGGGUUAAUGGCUAUCAUGGAACUUAAUUGAAGAACAAUAGAUUUUUUCAACCAAGUGUGGUUAAUUUUAAAUUGUGGUUAAACUACCUCUUUGUAUAAUUUAACUCAGCUAAGUGGUCUCUUAUUAGUGCUGUGCAAUGGCUUUUUCGCAAUAUGUGUCAGUCAUCACUUUUUAUGUAUGAGAUGGUCUUCAUGGCACCUAAAAAAUGCUUCUGAAAAUGGUGUCUGAGGACAACAGUUACAUUAGGGGUAAUGUUCAAAACAGCAGCCUUCUAACUCUUUACAGUAGCCAAUUUACGUUUUUAACUCAGUUGAUAACACUAAAUUAAACAGUUACAUUACCCAAGUAUCACAGCCAAAUAGUUAUCAGUAUUGCUGCUUGGAAGCACCAGAGUGUUUCUUUUUGCCAUUAAUUGUGAAAAAAUACUGCAAAGGGGUUGAAAGGACUCAAUGUUGAUUCAAGAGUGUUCUCUUUAAAACCCAAGCAUGGCAGGAUUCCUGCUUUCCUCAAGCCAUUGCUGAUUUCUCCGAUAAACCCUAACCUGGGAUGAUUCAUUCCACAGUGAUGGGGAACACUCUGACAUCUACAAAAAUCAGCAUGAUGUUUAAAAAAACUGCCUUGGAAAUUUGUGCAUUAUGCAUCAGAAGGAAGGGGAAUUGCUUAAGUCGUGAGUGCAGAGGAAGGAAACAAAAGAAAAAAAAAGAAGGAAAAGGGAGAAAAUAUGAACUUGGUCUAUGAAGUCUGUCUCUUUUGGUUUCCCCGCUGAUGUCUUUUCAGUGCAGUGGCUGAUAAAAUAUAACCCUGUUGUUUCAACAUAACCAACCCUUAACUGACUUAAGCUUUUUGGAAAUUUUAACUAGGUUUCUAAAAAGUAUACCAAUACAAUUAACUCUCUCAGUGCAGCUGCAGCCAAUGUCGCGCAAGUGGAAGGAAAAUAACUUGCUCAAAUGUUGGGUAUAACAUAACCUAACUGGUAAAAAGUCUUUUAGAAUGAUAGCUCACCUGGGUACCAUCAUUUUCGCAUCCAGUUUAGUAGUUGUAAUCGUAGGUGAAUGCUAAGUCCAUGUCAUUUAUCUUUUAACUUUUUUUGCAUUACAGAAUGAGCGCAUGCCUCUUCACUGGGCUGCAUCUGGUGGACAUGCUGAUGUUGUUAAACAUUUGCUUGAUCUAGGAGUACCAACUGAUAACAAAGAUGAUGUAAGUUGUAGAAAUCUAAGUAUGCACACAAAGGUAGGGUUUGCUUGUGUGUGGUGGAUAGCAAGCAAGAGAAAAAGCAAAACCUAACUUCAAUUUCUUCAGCUCAGCCUCUUCUCAACAUUUUGCAAAACGCCAGAAAUUCCCAUGUGUUGUGCAGUGCAAGAUGCAUUUUUUUAAUUGAAAACCAGGGAUGUUUAAAUGGGAUUAAUACAGGAAUUCAAACACAAGAUUUUUUGUUGUUGAAAACUACUACAUGUACCUGGCUCAAGUCACUCUAAUUGGGUUACAUACUUCCUCCGAGGCAGACUAUUUAUAGUUCAUAUCCUGCUUGGGCCAAAAGGGAAUCUUCUUUUUCCAAAUAAUUUUUUUAUAAAUUUGACUUCAUAUUAGGCGCAGUGGACUCCCCUGAUGAUUGCUGCAUCAGCUGGAAGAGAUGCUAUUGUUUCAAUGUUGAUUAGCCUUGGAGCUGACGUUAACACCACAAAUGAUGGGGGACAAACACCUCUGCAUUAUGCAGCAUCAAGAAACAGAUAUGAGGUAAUGCAUUGCAGUCAUCUUGAUCCUCAAAACUAUUAUAUUAAGGCAUCCAUUUGCUGCACAACAAGAUUGUGUUCUUUCAGGUUAUAAGUUUUCAGUAGUGAAAUUAAUCACUUACUAUCCAAGCCAGCUUGAUACCUUGACAGGAGAAAUAUCAUCCCUGUGACUUUUUCAUCCCAAGCUAAGGCUUGUCCACCCCUAGUAUGGCUGUUUGCAGUUGUGUGAUAAGAUACAUAAUUUUUUACAGGUGGUUUUUCAAUCUCUCAGAUUGCAGAAUUGCUUCUUCAGAAUGGGGCUCACAUUGAUGCACAGGACAAAACAAGUGCUGCUACCCCUCUGCACCGUGCUGCAUCACGGUCAGUAAUUCCUCCUCUUAAACAUGAUUUCAGAUGAAUUCUGCAUCAUUUGUGAACUAGAAUUUAUCACGUAACAAUCUUCAUGGACUAAAAAACCUUUUUUUUUCUUUUUUUUCUGUCAUAACAUUCAUAGGGGCCAUUCCAAGAUUGUCAAGUUGCUCUUAAAACACAAUGCAAAUUGUGAUAUACAGGAUGCUGAAGGCAACACUGCUCUGUACGUUUCUUGCUUUACUGCCCCCCUUCUCCCUUGGAAUUACGGUCAAGUCGCCGACGGUUCAACUCGCCAACACCAACUCGCCGAUGUAUAAAAUCGAGUAGAAACGUCGGCGAGUUGGUCUUCAAUCCAGUACAACUUAUUAGAAGUUAAAUACAUAGAAAAAUAAAAGAUCUUUAGGAAAAAACAAUUUUUUUUCUUCCAACAAAGUUUAUAAGGAUAUCAUGGCGAAUAAAGCCAGGUAAAGAAUUGCGGUGAUUUCGCCAACGAGUGACUUCGCCAACGUCACGUUCGCCAACGUCUUUGGUCGCUUCGCCAACGCGAUGAGUCGCUUCGCCAACGUCCUACUAGUCACUUCGCCAACGCCAAAUAUCUAGUAAUAACUAGAAAUCACCAGAUAUCUGUGAGCCAACCAAAGCAACCACGCGAACCACGUUUUUUUUUUACUUUAAAGAAUGAUUUAUUUAUGAUCGAGAACGUUUGAUUUACGAUAAAAUUUCAUACGUAUAUCAUGCUAUUUUUCUGCUCUUGAAGGUCCGUUUGAUCUUGACAUCGAUUUCAAUAAUGGAGCCGCUGUUUUUUUACAAUUCUCAUAUUUCUCCCAAAAUCCAAACACCUUACUCUGCAAUCGCCUAUUAGCCCUUCUUUGGAUUCUGGUCAGCUUCUGGUUAGAUACUAAUCGUAUUUGUACUGUAAAAACAUUUAGAAAAUGUUUGCCGUUUACCAGCAUAGCCCGGUAUUAAGACGGACCAAACGUAAGCGCCUUCAAAAGUGAGCUAUCCAAGUGUGAAUCGAGAAUGACGUUGGCAGUCACACAAUAACUCGUUCGCGUUUAAAGCUUUAUGGUCAUUGGCGAUGUUCACCUCGCUUUAUUCGCCUUGAAAUCCUUAUAAACUUUGUUGGAAAUAAAAAGAAUUGUUUUUUACGAAAGAUCUCGUCUAAAAAGCCAAGUUUUCUUUAAAAAAAUCUGACCGAUUGACGUGUUGAGUCUUUACAGUGUUGUCACACAAUAACUCGUUCGCGUCUGUCUGUCAGAAGCUUUUAUAGUCAUUUGCGAUGUUUAUCUUGCUUUAUUCGCAAUGAGAUCCUUGUAAACUUUGUUGGAAAUAAAAAGGAUUGUUUUUUUACUGAAGAUUUUGUCCAGAAAGCCAAGUUUUCAAAAAAAUUUGACCGAUUGACAUGAUAAGACUUUAGAGUGUUGUUGUCGUCACACAAUAAAUCUCGUUCGCGUCUGAAGCUUUCUUAGUCAUUGGCGAUAUUUACCUCGCUUUAUUCGCCAUGAGAUCCUUAUAAACUUUGUUGAAAGAAAAAAAUGUAUUUUUCCUAAAGAUCUUUCACUUUUCUAUAUGUUUAACUUCUAAUAAGUUGUACUGGAUUGAAGACCAACUCGCCGACGUUUCUACUCGAUUUUAUACGUCGGCGAGUUGAACCGUCGGCGACUUGACUAGAUACCCUCCCUUGCUGUCUUUGCCUAUAGGCAGAUUAUCUGGUGCCCAUCUGAGUCAUACCUUUAUUAAUUUCUUUCUUAACCAAAGAUAAGGCACAUGCCUGCUUUUUUUGUUUGUGUCCAAUGUCCCAUUUGCAUCAAUUUACUUCAAAUUUGUGGCCUCACUUGUCAACUGCCACAGCAUCCAACCUUUAUUAGGUACAGAGGGCCCAAAAUCAAUUUCUUUUAGAAAACUAUGAACUGUUUACAAGAGUCUUUGCAAAUUUAUUUGUUAGAAUUCUUUUGUUCUUGCUGAUAGGUGAUUAUUUUUAGAGAAGCAUUCAAGUAGUCUACUACUAAUAGCCAAGGCUAUUAAGAUCUUUGGUGCAAUUCCAAUUGGAGGAAUAAAUGUACUGUUACCUUCUGGAAUGUUUUUUUUUCUGCAGUCAUAUGGCCUGUGAGGAGGAUAGGGCAGAAAUAGCUGUUACACUGGUUGAAAAUGGGGCAACUCUCUCUAUAGAAAAUAAGGUAAUGAUCUCAGUACCCAGUGUAUCUCACAAAUAAAAUCUUCAAUCUUCACUGAGAAAAUUUGCCUGGUGGCUAAAGCUUUUAUGCUCACCCAGUUGUUAGACCUUGUGUCCUUAAGUGUUACACAGAGAGGAAAAGUGAAGGUCAAUAUAUCGCAGGAUGCAAACCUGCUAUGAAAUAAGUAAUGGUAAUAAGACUGAGUGGAGUCCAAUUUAGUCUGAAAUCAUACAAGUGAUAACAAAAUCAGGCGACCAUGCCUUUGUUUAUUAUUAUUAUUAUUACAGACUGAAUUGGAUGACAUGAACUCUUAUUACCAAUUAAUCAUGAAAAUUACAAUUUUCCAGAACAGAACAGUUGCCAAGUUGGGAAAGAAAGGGAAAAUUUCAAUUUCUGUCUUCCAAGAUAUUGUCAUUUUUCAAUGGAAAAAAUUCUCCAUUUUGAAGAAAGCCCCAAUUAAGGAGUCUGUACACUGUUUCUAUGGUGAUUGAAACCAAGGUUGUGAUUGGUUCAUUUAAACUACAACUUUGAAUGUGACUGGCUGAAUUAGACUACAACUUUAAGUGGGAUUGGCUUAUUGAACUGUCCGAUAACAAACUGUCCGCCAACAACUUGACAAGUGAAUUAGUGGAAUAUAGGAGUUUUUUAAACCAAACAUCAUAACUUUUUAUGAUUAGUCAGGAAAACCUGCUCCAAUGGUCGUUGAGAAUUGAAAACUGGAUUAUUAAAACUUUUGGUAAUGUUGGUGGUUGAUGCUGAGUUUUAUUUCGUAGAUCAUUUGUUCAUAGCUCAUCCCCUUUAUCGUAAUCUUUCAGAUGAAAAUGCCACCUGUGGAACUCGCUAACAAGGGACUUGCAAGACAACUAAUUCGUUUGAAUGACAGCUGA